AUGUUACUUGAUUCUAAUAAUUUGCCAUUUUGCGUUCGAUGUCGAACAGAAAAAAUUCUUUCAUCUCAAAUUCGAUAUUUCGACAUGCUAAUUCUCAUUCCAAAUCUCAUUUUUCUCCUAUUUCUUAUUAUUAAAUGGAUUCGAACACGUUCAAAACUAAAUACACAUAAGCCAUUAUUACUCACUGUUGCGUGUUUGCUUCUUCUCAUUACAUUUGCCAAUAUAUUAAGAUGCUUAUUUGUAAUGAUAUUUCCUGAUCAUAAAUUCAAGGCUCAAGAAAUUAUUGUGAAAAUUCUUUGGUUAUGUAUUCGAUUUGUUCUAUUAUGGACAGAAUUAAGCGUUGUUCUUUUUGGUAUUUUUUUUGGAAGGUCAAAUUCAAAUCGUCCAUCAAUCAAAGCAGUAAAAGUUUUAAUUAUUUCAUUUAUCUUUACAUCCAUUUAUAUCGCUAUUCAAGCACUCUUAGAAUUUCUCGGUGAUACACGCCCAAUACAGUUUCAAACAAGUAACUAUCAUCUUUAUUCAUACGGUGGCAUGAAAUUUUUGCUUAUUUCCAGUUCAAUUUUUCUUACUUUAUACAUAAUUAUCUUCUCGUUGCCCUGUUUUUGCGCUCGACUUCGAAAAUAUUUGCCAAUCCGUCGGUCUUUUUAUUUUUAUUGUUUUAUUUUGGCAUUAAUUAAUACAAUACAAAUCGUUGGUACCGCAUUAAACUUAACCGACACAACAAUAUAUAGCAUGUGUAUUGUUGAUGGUACAACAUUUACAUUCUAUAUAUGUUUUGCUCCAUUUGUCUAUUAUCAAUUUCUUCGACGAGCUCUAAGAUCAAAUUUACUUAUUCCACAAAUAAUAUAUGCCGAUACAACUGUUAAUCACGAAUAUGACGAUGAUGAUGAUGAUCUUAUUGAUCCUGGUCUUAAUACAUUAAUUGAUAUUGCAACAAAUGACAGACUUGAUGGUCAAUUUGAAGAUAUAACAUCUUCCAUAAGAAUAAUUCAGCCAAAUAUAUCAUAA